UGUAAAGGUUAAACACCCAAAUUUGUUUUGUAAUUUUUAAUUGACAAAUUAGAAUCAUGUGGGCAUGUCAACUGACAAAUUUAAUUACUCCCUCAUUCUAACUCACUUAGUAUUUAAAUAUAUCAUAUUUAUAUAUUUUCUCCAAAUAGAAAUGGAGUUGAUUUAUUCAAAAAAUGUUUACAGACUUUUAUUGCAAGCGGUUAUUACGAUUAAUUAAUAAGAAUGUACGAAGAAUUACAAUGGCACGACUCUGGUUAAAAUGUUUAUUAUUCAUAUUUAUAAUAUCAAUAAUAAUAUUUAUUUAUUCCCUAUUAAAUGUUCCGUCAGACGUCAAAGUAAAUAAAAAAAUAAUACCAUCGGUGGAGAGUAAAUUAACAAGCGAGUCAAUUUAUUCAAAACCGCCGAUAAAUAAUUAUGAAAAUGAUUGCAAUUACAUUGAAAUUGCGAUGGUCUGCGCUGGUUACAAUUCGACACAAUCGUUAAUUACUGUUAUAAAGUCAUUAUUAUUUUAUCGCACUAAGCCGUUAAGUUUUCACUUUAUCGUUGAUGAAAUAUCCAAUAGAACAUUGACUGUUUUAUUUAAAACAUGGAAUUUACCACACGUUAACGUGACAUUUUAUCCAGCAAGUGUCUGGAUACCAAAGGUAUCAUGGAUUCGAAACAAACAUUACUCAGGCGUUUACGGUCUUCUGAAACUAAUUUUACCAGAAAUUCUUAGUAUUGAAAAAGCUGUACUACUGGACACAGACGUUACUGUGCUGAAUGACAUCUACGACCUGUGGAAAAUAUUUAAUAAAAUGGACAGUGAUGAUAAAAAUAAAUAUAUAUUGGCGUUGGCUGAAAACCAAAGUGACUGGUAUAGAAAAAUUUCCGAAGGUGGACAGAGACCCUGGCCGGCUAUUGGUCGCGGCUUUAACACUGGAGUCAUGCUGAUGAAUCUGAAAGCUCUUCGGGAAAAUAAAUUUAGUGAAUUGUGGAUCAAUACUACCCAGCUUGUUAUCAAAGAGCUUUACGAAACGAGUUUAGCCGAUCAAGAUAUUAUUAAUGCUGUUAUCAAGGAUAAUCCGCAGAUGGUUUUUAUAUUAGACUGUACAUGGAAUGUUCAACUGAGUGAUCAUACGAUUAGCGACCAAUGUUAUAGCAGCGCCAAACAAAUCCGAAUUCUCCAUUGGAAUUCACCGCGGAAGCAAAAUGUAAAAAACAAAAAUUCAAACGAUUUCAAUAAAAUGCAUAAAAUAUUUCUCGACAUGAACGGCAACUUGUUGAGGCGUAAAUUGUUUGGCUGCGAUCCAACCCAGAACCUCCCAUAUACAGAGGCCGCUGACAAUUGUCAAAAAUUUACAAAAAGUUCAUCGAUAACUUAUCGCACGCAUUUAUUUUUGCGCGAGUAUCAGUACGACAAUUACAUAGACGCAGACGUCGGUCUUGUAACGCAGUGUAGUUUUGAUAGAAUAACUCUGCUAGAUGAAUUGUGCAGACGAUGGCCUGGAACGAUUAGUGUCGCUGUUUAUUUAACAGACGCCGAAGUUCAGUCGUUUCUUGAGUUCAUUCGUAACUCAGAUGUACUGAGAAUCAGAAAAAAUAUCGCAUAUCAUGUUGUCUAUAAAGACGGAGAAUUUUAUCCUAUAAAUUAUUUACGUAAUGUCGCAAUAUCACAAAUAUCAACUCCGUAUAUAUUUCAAUUGGAUAUUGAUUUUUUACCACCAAUAAAUUUAUAUGAAAAAUUGAUAUCAUAUAUUUAUAAGCUAAAUAUCAAUGAAACUGAUGCCGUUUAUAAAAAUGCAUUAAUUGUACCAGCCUUUGAAACCCAACGUUACAGAUUCACAUUUCCCGUCAAUAAAGAAGAGUUACUAAAAUAUCUGAGUUACGGUGUUUUGUACACGUUCCGUUAUCACGUAUGGACAAAAGGUCACGCCGCGACUAAUUACAGUAAUUGGAAAUCGGCUAUCGAACCUUAUCAAGUGACAUGGGAGCCAGAUUUCGAGCCUUAUAUCGUAGUACAUAAAUCAGCGCCACUGUACGAUGAACGAUUCAUCGGUUUCGGAUGGAACAAAGUCUCAUAUAUAACUCAUUUAACUGCCUUGGGAUACAGUUAUAUUGUGCUGCCCGACGUUUUUAUUAUUCAUCGUCCACAUGCUCCCAGUUUAGAUAUCGGAAAAUUUCGUACUGACUCUCUAUACCGCAGGUGCCUUAAAAAGUUGAAGGAUCGAUUCGUUGACGAACUGAUCGCUAAAUAUGGAGACAGCUCUCUGAAGAUAUUAAAAAAAACCAAAGAAUGAAAUAUUUUAUUGUUAAGCUGUAAUAAUUGUUAGUUUUUUUAUUAUUGAAAGUUUAUACUGUACCGACAA